AUGGACAUUCCACAGUUAGCCUUACCAACAUCUCUUGAUGAAGCUCGAAUCAAGACCCUCCCUUCAAAAGCUUCUUAUAUUCCUAAUUUUCUCACGGAGGAGGAAGAACAAAUAUUACUGCAGAAAAUUGCCACAGCCCCAAAACCACGAUGGAAGCAUUUAACUCAUCGUCGUCUUCAGACAUGGCCCUCUGAUUUGACCAAGAAUACUCUAUUGGAUGCUCCUCUGCCCAAAUGGCUAACAGAUCCCGUUGUCUCUCGACUCCUCUCCUUACCUAUCUCGCAUGAAACCGGAACACGUCAUAUUUUUAGUGAUAGCCCCCAUGAGCGUCCGAAUCAUGUCCUAAUCAAUGAAUAUCUGCCAAAGCAGGGAAUUAUGCCACAUAAAGAUGGAGCCGCCUAUCAUCCAGUCGUCUGCACUGUAAGCUUAGGCGCAAGCUUAUGCUUGAAUAUCUAUGGCAACAAAGAUGAUGGAACAAGAGAAGAGCAGCCAAGGUGGAGAAUUUUCCAGGAGCCAAGGAGUUUGUUGAUCACAACAGAUGAACUAUAUACAAAUUACUAUCAUGGAAUAUCCGAGACGGAAGCAGAAAUUGACCUAAAUACCACAACAGUCGCAAACUGGGAUCUUCUACGGUCUAAAGAUGAAAUUAUUGAUGGUAGAUACGAAAGAAAGGAGCGAACUAGCCUUACGUAUCGGGACGUACUCAAGGUAUCGAAACUAGGUUCAAAGUUAGGGAUAUUCGGCAAACGCUGA